AUGAUAUCAAGUGGACCAACAUCCAAGAGUAUGCGUGAUAGAAAACUCGGACAUAGACGUGUAAAUGAAGCUGGAGUUGUAACAUAUAAAAAGAAACCAACAAGUGAACUUAUGGCUGCCAUCCAGCUUGGAAUGGGACAAAGUAUAGGAGGCUUAUCAUCUAUAACAGAACGUGAUGUUUUAAUGCAGGAUUUUGUGGUUGUUCAAAGUGUUUUCUUUCCAAAGGAAGGUAGUAAUAUGACUCCAGCACAUCUUUAUAGUGAUUUUCGUUUUAAAACAUAUGCACCUGUAGCUUUUCGCUAUUUUCGUGAUGUAUUUAAAAUUCGUGAAGAUGAUUUCAUGAUGUCUCUAUGUGAUGAACCAUUACAAGAAUUAAGUAAUCCUGGUGCUAGUGGAAGUAUAUUUUAUAUUACUCAAGAUGAUGAAUUUAUCAUUAAAACUGUUCAACAUAAAGAAGCUGAUUUCUUAACUAAAUUAUUACCAGGUUAUUUCAUGAAUCUCAGUCAGAAUCCAAGAACGUUAUUACCAAAAUAUUAUGGUUUAUUUUGUUAUCAGUGUGGAGGAAAGAAUAUUAGAUUUACUGUAAUGAACAAUUUACUUCCUUCUGGUAUUAAAAUGCAUGAAAAAUAUGAUCUGAAAGGAAGUACAUAUAAAAGGAAAGCAUCUAAAAGUGAACGUGCUAAAUCUAACCCUACUUUAAAGGAUUUAGAUUUUAAUGAAAACCAUCCUGAAGGUGUUCUCAUGGAAAAGGAAUAUUAUGAUGCGUUAAUUAAAACAUUGAAUAGAGAUAUUAGGGUACUAGAAAGUUUUAAAAUUAUGGACUUCAGUUUAUUAGUGGGUAUACAUAAUUUAGAUUUAGCAGCAAGAGAAAAGGCUAAUGUGAGUUUACAGCGUGGUAAAUCAUUUAAAACAAGACUGGCCCAGUUUUCUACAGCAUUAGAAUCAAUCACAGCUAAAGCAGACAUAGAUGAUGAAAAUGAGGAUGAAAAUUUUCCACCAGGAGGCAUUCCAGCUAGAAAUUCACGAGGUGAUAGAUUAUUGAUAUACCUGGGUAUUAUUGAUAUACUACAGUUUUAUAGACUUAAAAAACGUAUAGAACAUCAGUUAAAAUCUCUAGUUAUAGAUGGUGAUACUAUUUCUGUACAUAGACCAGCUUAUUAUGCUCAAAGAUUUGCAGCAUAUUGUGCCAAUAGAGUCUUCAAAAAGAUGCCAGUUCAAUUGGGAAUUGUUUUCGCCUAUUUAUCACAGCAAUUUAUUAAUACUUGUAUUUAUCACCGCAAUUUAUUAAUACUUGUAUUUAUCACCGCAAUUUAUUAA